AUGAAACGUCACCAUGCAUCUUCCAGUGAAAUGGAGGCGACCGCUGGUGGAGGAUCAGCAAAAAAAGCCUUUAAAUCACAAAAUCAACAAGGGCCUUCCAGCAAAAUAAAGGGAACAGAUGGAGAAGGAAGAAAACAAGGUCAAAAAAGAAAGCAGGUUACUCACACAGUCAAAAGGAAAGCCAAGAAACACAAGGACUCUUCCCCUGCAGGAGAAAAAUAUUCUUCAAAAAAGGUGAAGCUAACCAGUUCUAAAAUAGGAUCUUGGCAGACUCUCUCGGAGAGCAGCAGGCAGUUUCUGGAAACUGUAAUGGAUUCAGUAAUACUAUCUAUUUUGUGCCAACAAAGUGAGAGAAAAGGCGAUGUUCAGAAACAACUCAAUUUACUGAAAGAAAGGGUGCUGAGAUUUUUCAAGACUUUAAAGGUGCCUCCAGGGAAGCUGGGCAACCUGAAGAACGUCCUAAGCCUUCAAAUGGCAGAGAAACAAAUGCUUGAGACAAAUGAAGAGUCUUUGGUACAAUUGCAGGAAGAAAUAAAUGAAGCUCAGCGAUCCACAGAACACAUUGAAGAACAUAUACAGCAACUGCAGUACAAAAUCCAGGUGCUCAAGAACCAGUUAGAGGAAGAUGAAAAACAGGCCAGAAAGGUAUUCCAGGAAAAUAGCAGUGGAGAACUCCACCUUCCAGAACUCCCCAAGUACAGUUUACAGGCACCCACUUUGCAGGAAGAAAUUUUGAAGACAAAAAAUCAGAAAGGUCUUUUAAAGGAUAUGAACACUAUUCAGCAGUCAGCUGACUUGAAGAACAUGUUAACCCUCAUUGAGAAGAUCUAUGAGAAGGUGGACUUCCUUUGA